CGACAUACCUUGUCUUGUUGCUGCUCCUCUCCCCUCCGCGACUCCCGCCUUCUAACUACUAUUCUUCUUCCCCUUCAAUUCUUCCCUACUGCCCCUCCUCCCUUCUCCCUGCCUUCUUCUUCUUCCUUCCUUCGAGUUUCAUCUGUUUUUAAAGUAAAAGCUCUAUAACCUCCAUCACAAUGCCCAGCUUCUCGCAGGCCACCGAGCUCUCUGCCUGGAAGGAGCUCCAGGAGCACCACAACUCCGUCGGACGUAACAUCGUCCUCAAGGAGUGCUUCCAGAAGGACCCCCAGCGCUUCGAAAAGUUCAGCCGCACCUUUAACAACACCGUCGACAACUCCGAGGUCCUCUUCGACUUCUCCAAGAACUUCCUCACUGAGGAGACUCUGGCUCUGCUGGUCAAGCUGGCCAAGGAAGCCAAUGUUGAGGAGCUCCGUGAUGCCAUGUUCAAGGGUGAACACAUCAACUUCACCGAAGACCGUGCCGUCUACCACGCUGCCCUGCGCAAUGUCUCCAACGAGCCCAUGCAGGUCAACGGAAAGAGCGUCGUUGAGGAUGUCAACGCCGUUCUCGAGCACAUGAAGGAGUUCACUGAGCAGGUGCGCAGUGGUGAGUGGAAGGGUUACACUGGCAAGAAGAUCGACACCGUCAUCAACAUCGGUAUCGGUGGUUCCGACCUUGGUCCUGUCAUGGUGACCGAGGCUCUGAAGCCCUACGGUGCCCCCGACAUGAAGCUGCACUUCGUCUCCAACAUUGACGGCACCCACAUCGCUGAGGCCCUCAAGAACUCCAACCCCGAGACCACACUCUUCCUGAUCGCUUCCAAGACCUUCACCACCGCAGAGACCACCACCAACGCCAACACGGCGAAGAAGUGGUUCCUCGAGACUGCCAAGGAGGACUCUCACAUUGCUAAGCACUUCGUGGCCCUGUCCACCAACGAGGAGGAGGUCACCAAGUUCGGCAUUGACAAGAAGAACAUGUUCGGUUUCGAGUCCUGGGUGGGUGGUCGCUACUCCGUCUGGAGCGCCAUCGGUCUGUCCGUCGCUCUGUACAUCGGCUACGACAACUUCCACCAGUUCUUGGCCGGUGCUCACGCCAUGGACAAGCACUUCCGCGAGGCUCCUCUGGAGCAGAACAUCCCCGUUCUCGGUGGUCUGCUGAGCGUGUGGUACAGCGACUUCUUCGGCGCCCAGACCCACCUGGUGGCCCCCUUCGACCAGUACCUGCACCGUUUCCCUGCCUACCUGCAGCAGCUCUCCAUGGAGAGUAACGGCAAGGCCAUCACCCGCACCGGCGAGUACGUCAAGUACACCACCGGCCCCAUCCUCUUCGGUGAGCCCGCCACCAACGCCCAGCACAGCUUCUUCCAGCUGUUGCACCAGGGCACCAAGCUCAUCCCCUCCGACUUCAUCAUGGCCGCCGAGUCGCACAACCCCGUCGAGGGCGGCAAGCACCAGCGCAUGCUGGCCUCCAACUUCCUGGCCCAGUCCGAGGCCCUGAUGGUCGGAAAGACCCCUGAGCAGGUUAAGGCCGAGGGUGCCCCUGAGAACCUGGUCUCUCACAAGACCUUCCUGGGCAACCGCCCGACGACCUCCAUCCUGGCCCAGAAGAUCACCCCCUCCACUCUGGGAGCUCUGAUCACCUACUACGAGCACCUCACCUUCACCGAGGGUGCCAUCUGGAACAUCAACUCCUUCGACCAGUGGGGUGUGGAGCUGGGCAAGGUGCUUGCCAAGAAGAUCCAGAAGGAGCUGGAGACCGCGGACGCUGGCUCGGACCACGAUGCAUCGACCAGCGGUCUGCUGCUUGCCUUCAAGAAGAAGGCCAACCUGGCGUAAAUUUUGGAUACGAAAAGGGAUUGAAUAAGCAAAAGGAGUACAUAGUCAUUUUGAUGAAGCCACGAGUGUCAUCCUUAAUUAUGAGUUAGCAAUGAACUGUUGGACAGUGCAGUCUUGCAGAUGAACUGUAGACAAUUAAAUCCAUUAGACC